UCCAUCAACUUCACCAUAUCAAAGACGACGGACGAUUCAAUUUCGAAAAUGGAAUAUGACGAAAGUGAGAAGAGGAAAGGAUUUUCCUUUUCCUUUGCCAAGAAGAAACAAGAAACGAAAACCUUAGAAUCUAAGAACAUUGGUGAUACGGAAAUUUUGGAAAGCAAGACUGAAACGGACUACAUUUUGUCAGUAGACUCAAAGAAAGUAACAAGUGUCAUCCCUAAAGAGAAACCAAAGGAGCUUGUCAUCCCUCUCAUCAAAAGAAAUGAAUGGCAGACAGAGAAGAGCAGUGAGCAGGAUGAGACAAGAAAACGACCAGCAGAGACUCAUGGCAAAGAUGCUGAGCACAGCCACAGUUCCAAAAAGAAGCAGAAAGCUGAACAAAAGCCGAGUUCUCCUGUCAAUUCUUUGGAAAAUGAGGCCGUGAAGGAGAUUAUGGAAGAUGUAUCAAGAUACAGUGAGAAAUGGGACGAGAGAGGUAAAGAGGAUCUGAAUCUAACCAUUCCACUUCUAAUGCAGAACAAGGUCCCAGAGGGUUUCGAAACCGAUGAUAAAUUAGAUGUCUCCAUCAGGCCGGAUGCUGCUACCGAGGCUAACUACGAAGAGAUUCCCAUUGAACAGUUUGGUAUGGCUAUGCUUCGUGGAAUGGGGUGGAAGGAAGAUGAGGGAAUAGGAAAUAAGCUGAAAAAAGUUGUAGAACCCAUUGAAGUGACUGUGCGACCCAAAGGUCAAGGGCUCGGCGCAGACAGACGACGAGAUGCUCUGAACAAGAAAAAGAAGCGAAGGAGAAAACCGGGAGAGCCAGCUGUGAAGGAAGAAGAAGGAGAACCAAAAGGUUUUUCAAAGGGAGCUCAUGUUCUUGUGUGCAGUGGUCCACACAAGAAUCUUUAUGGAAUGAUUGAAGGUGUGGAUGAAGAUAAUUCUCGGGUCGUCAUCAAGUUUGCCUUGAGCAACCAAUCAGCAACUCUUAGCCAGUUUGCAGUUCAGCUAGUCUCAAAAGAGGAAUACAAGAAAUAAUCUAAAGACUUAGGGAAGUUUAGUCGAGGUCAUGAUGAAUUGAAGAAGAGAGAGGACCAGACAUCGCAGGAUGAUAGUGAAUCGGAUCGGAGGAAACACAAACACAAGAUUGAUAAAGAUAGGACUAGCAGUAGUAGACAUGAUAAGCAUUCUAGAGACAGGAGAAAAGAGGAUGGAGAUGGGUCGGAUAAGUAUUCUAAACGGGACAGAUAUGAGGAUAGGGAGAGAUAUGAAAAUGGCGAGCGUCACAGAGACAAACACACUUCAAGAGAUGAUCGACGGAGAGAUGAUAAGGAUUAUGACAGAUCAAGAACUAAAGACGAUAGGCAUCGGAAAAGAGAUGAUGACAGGAAGGACUCCAGUCAAAGGAAAGAGGAGAGAACAGAUAGAUCGGUCAAGCAUCAUUCAGAUUAUGAUAGGCAUUCUAGCUCAAAUUCUGAGAAGACGACCUACUGGUUGCGCCCUGAUUUGAGAGUACGCUUUAUUGACGCGACCUACAAGAAGGGCAAGUAUUACAAUGUCAAGGUCAAGAUUGUCGAUGUCAUCACCAGAGAUACUUGCACGUGUCAAACAGAUGAUGGCAGAUUUAUUGAAGAUAUCCAUCAAUCUAUGCUGGAGACACUCAUACCAAAAACCGAUCCUGGAUACAUUAUGGUUGUCAGUGGGAAGUACAAAGGCCAGAUUGGUACCGUUCUCAAGAGGGACAAAGCUAAUUGCCAAGCCAGUGUUCAGCUGCUGAGAGAGAGAGACCGGAUCAUCAAGAUGGAUUAUGAUAUUAUAUGUGAAUUUGCUGGAAAUAUACAUGAUGAGGAAGAUUACUGAAACAGGCAGAGCCAAGAUUGAUGGAUGGGGGAGGGGGUUGUCUAAUGGGCACACUUUGAAGAAAAAGUGUUGUUGCUUGUGGAAAGCAUUUCCCUUUUUUACUAAAGAAAACAAAAAAGGAUGUGGCUAAGGACCUUGCGUCCCCCACCCAACCCCUCUCGGAUCUGGGCCUAUACCGAUAUAUAUAUGGGUUGCUAACUUAAAAUCAUAAAUGUAUCUUGUUAUUUAUUCUCUAUUCUCCACAAAUAAUCUUGCUCUUGCUUGGUCUAAAUGCAAGACUGGCACAAGAAAAAAAAGUUUUAUGACAAACGUGAAGAGUAGUUAAUGGACUUUCUAAUCAUGUCUGCUUUGAUUGGAAUACUAGUGAACUUGUGUUUACAAAACUCUCUAUCUCUAUACCAUUUCUUUCUUCUGUCAUUAUCAGCAAAUCCUCAGCCAUCGUUACUUUGUCUGUUGUGUGUUGCAAGACUUCCAUGUUUUCACUUGCACAGAUACGAAGACAAGCUUUUGAGUGAAACAAAAUCUUCUUAUCACAAGAAGAAUCUAUGCAAUAGAAAGACCUGGUCCCCCAUGUCUUUGUGAAGAGCUCUUCUUUUAUUGGUUGCAUGAAUCAUGGGCUCAUAACAAGGAACCUAAACUAGGCUAUUGUUUUGAGAAGGGGUUAUUGAUUUCCCCCUUCCAUUCCUCUUUCAAUUGACUUCCUUGUGUCAUUGUUAUGUCAUGAGGGAGUGUUAAUUUUUUCUCCUUAUAAAGAACAUCUCAUUAGCAUCCCACUUGACAUUUUUUUUUAUAGUGAAUGUAUCAGUAGGGGAGUGGAUCCUAAAUGCUGUUCAUGUAAAAGUGGGUCAAUAAACUAAAACAUGCUCCACUUGAAAUGUUUGAAUUAAAGAGAAAUUUCAGUAGUUGCAGUAAACACUGAUUUCAUGAGAAAGUCUGUAAAACAAGGCUUAAUUGUC